AUGCCGUUUCCUCUAUCUACAGUCACGGUUUUAGUGCCGGUCCUGUCCUUAUUCGGUCUCCUGUACUCUUCGAGUGUGGAUGAAAACUUCCCUCAGGGCUGCACCGACACCACCAGUGUGUGUUUUUACAGCCUGUUAUUGCCCCUGACUAUUCCCGUCUACGUCUUUUUCCACCUGUGGAAAUGGAUGGGAAUCAAGCUGUUCCGGCACAACUGAGACAUAAAUAAAGAUUUAUUCAGACAAACA